AUAAUAAUGAUGAAUGAUGAUGAUUGGUAAUCGUAAAAGUUUGUCAUGUAUUUCAUUCAUCCAUAUAUCGGAUAUUAAUUUAUCAAUAAAGAAAUAAAGUAAUCGGAUCACAUCAGAAAAAAAAAUUUGAUAUUAAUACGGUUUUCUAUUGUUCAAACAACAACAACAACAACAAGUACUUUUGACAGCACCGGAUCAGAGAUGUUGCUGUUCUCAAGUAUGGUUCAAUUUCAUAUAUGGCCAAUCAAUGCAUUCAAUAGAUUGUAGUAUGAAAUAAUUUGGUAAUUUCCGUUUUUUUUUUUUUUUGUUUUCGUGUUUACGCGCGAAAAAUAAAAAAUUUAUGAAAAAAAAAAUAUACAGAACCAGAUGAUAGCAGUAGCAACUUGUGGAUUUUCAAAAAAAAAAAAAAAAUUGUCAGUGUUCGAUGACUCAAUCCUAGUGUCUAUGAAUGAUCACACAUGUGUGUUUUGUUUUGUUUUCAAUAUAUUUUUUACGCGCUCUUUUUUUCGUUCAGAUAUUUUCUUGGAUUUGUGCAAAACAACAAUGGAUUACGAUGAUUUAAUAGAUGAACCAUCCAAUGUUGAUAAUAAUGAAUCCACAACAAAUGAUUCGCAACCAAAAUCCACUGUUGUAAAUCCCAAAACACCAAUUAUUCGCCGUCCAAGAAACAUACUUCGUGUUGAUCAUCUUGUUUCUCGUCGUGGUAUUGCAGCAUUACCUCAAAUCAUAAGCCAGACAAAAUUCAAAGGUAAAGGACAUGAACUCGAAGAUCUUAAAUUAUUGUUAUUUAAAACAAAACAUUGGGCACAUCGUCUGUUUCCUGGAUUGACAUUCGAGGAUUUUGUCGCCAAAACCGAACAAUUUGGCAAUAAACGUCCUGUGAAAAAUUUCCUCAAUCGUAUACGUACAAAUGAACAAUUGUAUUUUGCCGAUGAUCAUAAUACGAUUAAUUCAGAUAACGAUGGUGACGAUGAUGGUGGUGAUCAACAACUACGGCCAAAAGAAGAAAAAAUUAAUGAUAAUAAUGAUGAUGGUGAUCAAGCUGCCAAAAAUUUCGAUUUAUUGUUUCGAGAUCAUAUUGAAGAAAUGAAAAUUAAUAUGUCCAACAACAAGGACUAUGAUGAUGAUGAUGAUGAUGGAACAAAUGGUCGAUUAACAACAACAAUAACAAUGUUGACGACGAAAGAAAACCAAAAUCACCAUCACCAUGUGGAUAAUAAUAAUGAUUUUAUGGAAGACGAUGAUGAAAUUGAUUAUGAUGAUUUAGAUAUUGUAGCUAGUAGUAGUAAAACGGAUCAUAACAACGAAAAGCAACAUGAUGGACAAACAUCUAAAAUCGACAACGAUGCUGUUGAUGAUCAUCAAGAUAAUCAUCAUUUGGAAUGAUGAUCAUUUUAUUUAUUUAUUAAUUGAAUUGAAUCAUCAUUUAUUAUUUAUUAUUAUUAUUGAUUGUAUGUCUGUGUGUAUAACAUAAUUCUGUUUGUCGUAAAAAAAGAUAUAUACAAAACAAAAAACAUUCACCCAUUAC